AUCUCGGUAGGUAGACCUUCUAUAAUAGAGUUGACAUAGUACAACAUGGCCAAACGAGUCAAACAUGGCAUCCAUGGCAUUGUUGAACUGUUGAACAUCAAAUGUAAAAAUGAGUAAAAGUCACAAAGACAGUAGAGAAGGUAGGGACGUUCACAAAUCUAGCAGAGAUGUAAGAAGGGAAAAUAAUGAUGUGCACCGUGAUAGAUCGCUACGUGAACGGGAUAGAGAAUAUAGGGAGAAUCGAUACGAUCAUUCAAGGAGAGAUGAUGAAAGACAACAUGAUAGAAGGAGGCAUGACAGAUCGCCUCUAAGAAAGGACGAUUCACGUUCAAAACACAGAGAUUACGAUGAGAAGAACAGAAAAUACAACAGAGGAACUGUCGAAUAUAAUAGAAGACAUGCUGACAGAGAGAGGAGGAAUAAUUUCGAGGAAGUAAAAUCGAAAAAGGAACAACCUUCACCAGAAUGGGGUAAACCUGUCAUCAAAACGGAAUCUAAGCUAAAGCCACAGGAAAAGGAGAAACCAAACUUUGAAUUGUCUGGAAAAUUGACGGAAGAUACAAAUACCGUAAACGGUAUAGUAAUUAAAUAUGCCGAGCCUGCAGAUUCAAGGAAACCUAAACGCAGAUGGAGGUUAUAUCCUUUUAAAGGGGAGAAGGCUUUACCCACUUUGUAUGUUCACAGACAAUCAGCAUAUUUAAUGGGCAGAGAUAGAAAAAUUGCUGAUAUCCCCUUGGACCAUCCUUCAUGUUCUAAGCAACAUGCUGUUCUACAAUAUCGUUUAGUAUCUUUCCAGAGGGAAGGUGGUGGUGAAGGAAGACGAAUUCGCCCAUAUCUUAUUGAUUUGGAAUCUGCAAAUGGUACAUUUGUAAAUAAUGUAAAAUUGGAACCCAGGAGAUACCAUGAAUUACUGGAAAGAGAUGUGGUACGUUUUGGAUUCAGUUCUAGGGAAUAUGUCUUAUUACAUGAGCAUAGCAAAGAUGACUCUUUAGACGAUGAUGUUCCCCUAAGCACUACGACAACAACUGUUGCUGCUACUACAUAGAGUCUUACUUGUAAAAUAAUUAGAAUAAUAUUUUCAAUACAUCAACAGUAUAUGUAUAAUGUUACCUUGGUACAGAUUGUAAGACUACUUUAUGAUUUUCUUCAAAUGUAUUAUGAAAUGAAACAAUUGUGAUUCUUGUAUAAAAUCUUUCUAGCAA